CCACUUCAGCCAUCUUGCCUUUCAAUCGGCGAUCGAGUAGUCGUUCGUGCUGAGUGUUUAUCAUUUCAAUCUGUCGGUUGUCUGGAGGAGAUUGCAAGUGUCCGACCUCACAUCGGCUCCAGAGAUGCGAUGUCUCCCACAUCCUUCUUGAACAGAAAUACCCAGUUAAGCUUUUCGUGACACAUCCGGAUUCUUUCUUCCACCUUGACCUUUCCACUCUCCAUCCGCAUUCUGCCUUCCCCGCCCUACGAUCUUGGCCACGAACUUCAUUCGCUAGUUUAUCUGCAUAUGCAAGCGAACGGCAAAGAUGGCAAACCUGAACGUUCCAGACUCAGUCAGUACGGUUCGCUUGCGGGCUAUCGAUGCGAAGACUCAGGUGUGCGUCUCCGCAAAAGGCUUCGUGCAGCCUAUCCUCCCUGGUCACGAGAACUUGAAUCUUACUAGCGUCACCUUCUUGGUCGAACAAACGGGUCUCGGGAAAAAGGUUCUAUUCGACUGCGGUGCGAGAAAGGAUUUCGAAAACUUCUCCCCAGUCAUCAAAAAUCGACUAAAUUUGAAUGUGAGAGGACUGAAGAUCGAAAAGGACAUCCAUGAGAUUGUCAUCGAGGCAGGCGUGCAGUUGGAAGAGCUGGAUUCCAUGAUCUGGAGCCAUUGGCAUUGGGAUCAUCAUGGUGCACCUGAGAAAUAUCCUCCAUCGGUGGAGGUGGUCGUAGGACCUGGUUUCAAGGACAACUUCAUGCCAGGCUAUCCAACAAAUCCAAGCUCCAUUUUUUUGGACGUCAAUUUUGCUGACCGCAAAUAUCGUGAGAUAUCCUUCGACGAUUCCUUUAAGAUUGGAAACUUUAGAGCAUUCGACUUCUUCGGCGAUGGCUCCUUCUACCUUAUCGACACUCCGGGCCAUGCCAUCGGACAUAUGUGCGGCCUUGCCCGAACAACGCCGACAACGUUCGUCUUCCUGGGUGGAGAUAUUUGUCACUUCGGCGGGAGCUUCAGACCUUCUCCUACUGUUCCUCUUCCUGACCCCGUUCCAUCUUUACACCUCGACUCACACUUCCCAAUCCCGUGUCCAUGCUCGAUAUUCACUGCUAUUCAUCCCGCAGGCCCUCAGUCAGAUGAGUGCAAGACAUCGCCGUUCUUUGAAGUAACCUCGUUUCCUCAGUCAGCAUAUCUCGAUCGCACCCAAGCUGCAAAGAGCAUCAAAGAGCUACAAAGGUUCGACGAGGACCCAAACAUCUUCGUAUGCAUCGCUCAUGAUCCGGUUCUUCUCGAAGUAUUACCUUUCUUGAACGACCAGCCGGACAAGGAUUUGAAUGACUGGAAAGAUGCUGGUCUUAAGGAGAAAGCGCAAUGGGGAUGGCUGAAUGAGCUUCCGCGAGAUGGAAAACCCGGAAGACCGAUGCUGGUGGAAGGUGUCUGGAAAGAUGGCCAAUUAGUAACGGACUUUACGAAACUGAAGGCGUCUUUGUAUUGAGCUUGGGGGUGUCUAGCAGUUUGAGAUAGCUAGAUGAUGAUCAUUCUCGGAGAUUCGGUUGUGUUCAUUCAACCAAUAGUCUGAGCGCUACAAUAGCUUUCCUUGGAAGGUCGUUCUUCCGUCGGUCCAUAAACGUCAACAAGCACACCAGCCAAAUCAAGAGAACAAGAAAUGCACAUCAUUCAACUCCAGCUCCAUAUCUCGGUCUAGU